UCAAAAUCCAGAAACAGAAGAGUGGAGGGAAAUAGCGAAACCCAGCUCCGAUUCCCCCAUAAAAGAGAAUGCCCGCUAGACGCCUUAGGCUAAGCUACUCUGACGAAGAUGAAGAAGAAGAACAUAAUCAUCAACAAUCACCGGGAGGAGGCGCUCAAUUGCAAGGACCGACUUCUACUCACCAACCUCUAACACAAUCGUUUUCGAACCAAAACCCUAGCCCUAUCCCCAUCCCCAAUCCUACUGAAGCGAUCACAAUCUCUGAUGGAGACGAAGAGUUCAUUGAUGCUUCUGAGAAUAUAUCCCCUCCUUCGCCUCUGCUGCCAGUGGCCUUGGAUAACUUCUUCCAGCCGCCUCAGAUGGCUUCCGUGGUGAGCGCAAUGGAGAGCACCGGUUGUCCCGUGGGGGACUUUCUUUUGACGCUUGGAUUGAAGUUGAAGAAAGAAUGGCUGGAUUCCUGCAUGGAGGGCCUUGGGCAUUAUAUUGCGGGGUUUUCAAGCCUUGAUGUGGCCGCAAAGGCAAAGCAUUGCUUCAAGGAGUACUUGUUUUCGGAUAUGAAUUAUUCUGGGGGAGGUGUGCUUCCGCAUAAUGUGAAAUCGUUGCAUCUUGUGGAUCUCCCAGGUCCGUUUGUGUUACAGGUUGAUGAGAUAGUAAAUAUCAGUAGUCCUCUUCGAGGCAGGUACGAGGAGAGGCCUGCUGGGAUAAAAAGGUGCCUCAAGCUGUCUAUGACAGAUGGAGAACAACGUGUAUUUGGCAUGGAAUACAGGGCCAUAAGAAAUCUGCAUGUUUUGGCUCCUGCUGGAUUAAAGGUUGCCAUUCGUAAUGUGCACAUACGGCAUGGACUUAUGAUGUUGGUCCCUGAAUCCAUAGAAGUUUUAGGAGGAAUUGUGGAGGAGUUGGACUUAGCACGUCAGCGUCUUGUCAAAGAAGUAAAUAAGCCACCAAGGGGGAAAAGAACUAGAAGUGGUGUGGCUCCUUCUUUAGCGAAUAGAGCAACUUUGGCUGCAUGGCCAUCUGAUGGUGUAAAUAGUCAUGGGCAAUCCAAUGUUCCUGAUAAUGUUGUUGGGCACAAUCAGAAUUCUCUACCGCAUAAUACAACAUUGUUACGGGCAGAAAGUCAAGGUACCACUUCAUCUGUGUCUGAAACUGGUGUCCGUCAUCGAAGAUUGGAAGAGUUUACUGUUCCAAUGAAUGGGGAACCUACCGUUGCAAAUUCAUUGUCUAAUAUUGUUUCAAAUGUUGAGGAGAUGCAUAUUGAUGCUCUUCUCGUUGAUGAGGUAAAUGCCAGUUCAAACCAAGACUCAGGUCCCUCGUUUGUUCCCAAUGAUAGCCAUAUGGUUGAUGAGUUUGAGCACCCAAUCUUACUAUCUGGAGAUCAAGAAAUCCCUUUUACAUAUAUAGCUAAUUUAUCAGCUAAGUUGGCUACAAUGAGGGAUAACUCACCUUCUGUUCAAGGAAACAUUAAGUGUUUUUUGACUGGUGUAAAGGGAUUCCAGUACAAGCGGAGGACAACAUAUGAGCUUCGGGCUUAUGUUGAUGAUGGCAGCCUCAUUUCUGAGAUCCUGAUUGAUCACAAUGUUGUACAGAGAGGAAUAGGUUACUCUCCUGUGGAGGUCACAGCUGCUCUUUCUUCUUCGGACAAGAAGAUAGUUAGUGAUAUGAAGGAGACUCUUAAACAGUUCCAAAUAUUCUUGGCAAAUUUUGAGGGUACAAUGCUUGUAGAGAUGAAUGGAACUUCCUCUCUUCCAAUUGCUUUGGAGAUGAGCCAGGGUUGUCCUGGUUCGGACGCAUGGUUGCUUUUCAGAAGAGUGAGUUCCUUCACCACAGCCCAAACACCGCAGCAUCAACCAUUGGAUCCCAUUGAGAUUCCCCCUUGACGGGUUUCACCUGUUCACAAUUUGUCGUGGGAAUGAUGUAGAAUGCCUGCAAAAGGUGGCAGCAAUGAUAAAUCACUGAGACAGGCAUUUGAUUUGUGAAAUAGAAGGAUUCCAAUUAGAGCCAGGCGGUGGUUGACAUGCAGAAUACUGGUACCCUUCUUUGAGCUAAUCAUUUAAGAUUCAGAUGUAUGGGUCUGAUCAUGUUCAGCACUCGGCAGGCUUAUUGCAAGGGCAUGAUCUUUCUGGUCCGCACAUGACCACACUUCUGUUCGUUGAUUGGUUUUAGCCAUUUGACAUACGCAAGCACAGAUUCCUUUUUUUCUUUUACUCUGGUGGAUAUUUCGAUAUUUGCAAGAAUUGAUAAAUACUUUGAUGAAGUUGAACAAGACAGCACCGGUUAUCAGGGUGGAGAUUGGCCCCAAGUCUCUCAGAGAAAGCUUUGAAGUUCAUACGUGUGUGCAACAUCCUCAAAUAUCGACCACCUUCAUGAAGGUAUGAACCCGUUUUAGGUUUAUGGUUCCAUUAAUCUACCAGUGAAUUUACUUUGUUAGAGAUAUACUCUAUAUAUCUCUAACAUACUUAUAUUCUUUUUCAAGGACGGGAACCUCUCUAAGGUUGGGCCUAAUUGGACCCACCUUGCAGAGUAACCACAGAUAGAAUUCGCUUUACUAUUUUAUCUUGUAAGAUCAUGAUAAUUUCUAAUUUAUCAAAACAACAUGAAUGUUGGCAUAAUAAAAACUUUAUGCUUUCUGAUCUUAAUCCUAACUAAAAAACCUUAUCGCUGGUGACUUCUUAUUGUGGAGUUUUU